AUGACGGAAAAGGAGAGUGUCAAGAGACAUGUACUGCAGACCAUUUCCAGGAUUUACGACCCAUUUGGCCUGUUAGGACCCUUCACUAUUUCGGGCAAGAUCAUGCUCCAGAAGAUUUGGGAGGCAGGAUUGCAAUGGAAUGAUCAGUUACCUUCAGACAUCGAUGCAGAGUGGAGAGAGUGGUGCAAAGGAGUCGCGGAACUGCAGCACAUAUCUGUUCCUAGGGAGAUAGCGAGCAACUCAUUCGUCGACAGGCUGCGCAAGUUGCAUAUUUUCGCAGACGCCAGCCCAAGGGCAUAUGGUGCGGUAGUCUACCUCGAGCAUUUGUCCGACGACGGUUCUCGCGGCAUGGCAUUUCUACUUAGCAAAAGCAGAGUCUCACCUCUCAAGCGCCAGACACUUCCGAGGCUUGAACUCACAGCAGCUCUUCUUGCUGCCAGAUUAUAUCGCUUUGUAUCCACUGCUUUGCAGACAGAGUUCGAUUAUGUAUGUUGGACAGAUUCCUUAAUCACCUUGCAUUGGAUCAAGGGAUCGGCAUCCAGAUGGAAGACCUACGUGGCAAACCGGGUGCGCCAGAUACAUGAGCUGACUUCUCCUGAAAGAUGGCGUCAUUGUCCUGGUGAAGAGAAUCCGGCAGACUUUCUCACGAGAGGGAUUAAGGGGCAUGAGCUGCGUGACUGUGAAGUUUGGUGGAAAGGCCCACGAUGGCUGAGUCAGCCAGAUUUAUGGCCGCACACAGCAUUUCCAGAUCAUACUGAAGGAGACGAGGAAUGCUUGGACGCUCAGGUGGCAUUGGUCAGCUGCACGACACAUUUACUUUCACCCGAACGUUUCAGUAGUGCCAAUCGACUUCUUAGAGUCACCGCAUGGAUACUGCACUACGUACACAACUCGAAGCGGUCAAACGUCAAGAAAACAGGUCCUCUCUCUACUGAAGAAAUGGCGUCAUCAGAGCUGUACUGGAUCAAGGCUACUCAGACAAAGCUACUUACAGAAAGGUCCUCUCAUCUCGAGAACUUCCGCCAUUACCAGGAUAACGAUGGACUACUGCGACUAGAGGGUCGUCUGCAGUGGUCUCAGCAGUCACAAGCAGCCAAGCAUCCCAUACUGUUGCCGCCAGCGUCAGAGGCUUGGUUCACGUUGCUAUCAUACUCAGAGAGCACUUAA